CUGAGUGACCAGGACAUAGGCUGAGGUCAGGAUGCAGACAGCACGACUCGGGGUAGUUGCCCUUUGCUGCUGUGUGUGUGUGGUUACAGCACAGUUCACCAUCACUGUACCAGACAAUCCCAUCAAUGUUCCCGUUGGAGGUACGGCUGAGUUCACAGUCAGACCCUCUGCUUCGGUUGCUGGAGGCAACUGGAAUUUCAAAAAUAUAAGAAUCGUCGAUUGGAUUGGGUCAACAAACACAACAGUACCUGCCUAUGUGGAACGGAUUAGAUUAUUAUUCCCUGAAGCCUCCCUCCACCUGCUGUCAGUAAAAUUAACUGACGAUGGGCAGUACAGUGUGACCAUGUUCCCAAUUUUUGGCCAAUCUGACACAGCUGAGAUUACGCUGAAUGUACUGGAAACUGUUUCCAAUAUUGUCAUUACCUCCAAUGACACGGUCCCAGUGGAAUAUAACGACACUGUGGAGCUGACCUGCGCUGCACGAGGCACAGCCAUUUCAUACGAGUGGUUUAAGGACAAUGAAACAAUACGCUAUAACCACAGGAUUGUUCUAAGUGCGGAUAACAAAACGCUGACUCUAGUUGGAGUUUUGAGAUCUGACAGUGGGAAGUACACUUGUCAUGUCUACAACGCCGUUAGUGGCAAUACAAGCCAUCCAUUUCUUCUGAAUGUGAACUAUGGACCAGGAUUACCCAUUAUGUCUACCGUCCCGGAUCAAACCGUUCACGGUUUAGGAACAACCUUUGAUUUGCUGUGUUCUGUGGACUCCAAUCCAACCUCUCAAUUUAAGUGGUUUCACAAUGGCAAAUAA